UGCCUCUCAUCAGCAAAAAAUCGUGAGGGAGAGAAAGAAGAGAGAGAGAGAGAGAGAGAGAGAGAGAGAGAGAGAGAGAGAGAGGAGGAUGGAGAAGCCGCAUGGUCGUCUCAGCGCCGCAUCCUCUUCCUCUUCCGCUCCCUCUCCGACGUCGUCGUUCGCGAGUCUCCAAUCCUACGGGCGGGCGCUUGCGCAGACGCACCGGCGGCUGCGGCGGCGCGCUGGGUCGGUGACCACCACCUACGAAGAGAUGAGCCGGGUCAGGGCCCGGUCUGGGGCCGACAUGGACCGGUCCCUGCGGUGGCUGGACCUCGUCGGGUUCGGGAUCGGCGGCAUGGUCGGGGCUGGGGUGUUCGUGGCAACCGGCCGCGCUGCCAAGCUCUACGCCGGCCCCGCCAUCGUGCUCUCCUACGCCAUAGCUGGCCUCUGCGCCCUCCUCUCCUCCUUCUGUUACACCGAGUUCGCCGUCGAUAUGCCCGUCGCCGGAGGCGCUUUCAGCUACCUACGUGUCACAUUCGGGGAAUUUGCGGCGUUUUUGACGGGGGCGAACUUGAUAAUGGAGUACGUGUCCUCCAACGCGGCGGUGGCCCGGAGCUUCACGGCUUAUCUGGGCAGCGCCAUCGGGGUCGACACCACCGCCAAGUGCCGCUUCACCGUCGCCGGCCUCCCCGAGGGCUUCAACCAGAUUGAUCUUCUCGCCGUCGCCGUUAUCCUCCUUAUCUCCAUCUGUAUCUGUUACAGCACUAAAGAGAGUUCCGUGCUCAACAUGGCGCUGACAGCGAUCCACAUCGCCUUCAUCCUCUUUAUCAUCGUCGUGGGGUUCUGGCGUGGCCACGUCCGCAACCUGACCCACCCGGCGAAUCCGGGGGAGAGCCCCGGUGGGUUCCUGCCCUAUGGGGCUGCCGGAGUCUUCAACGGCGCCGCCAUGGUUUACCUCAGCUACAUCGGCUACGACGCCGUCUCCACCAUGGCGGAGGAGGUGCGCCACCCUGCGAGCGACAUCCCCAUCGGCAUCUCCGGCUCCGUCGCCGUUGUCACGCUCCUCUACUGCCUCAUGGCCGUCUCGAUGUCCAUGCUUGUCCCCUACGACGCCAUCGACACGGAGUCCCCGUUCUCGGCGGCGUUCGACGAAACCGCCGGAUGGGGAUGGGCGUCGAAGGUGAUCGGAGCAGGAGCAAGCUUCGGAAUGCUGACCUCGCUCCUAGUUGCCAUGUUGGGACAAGCUCGGUACGUCUGCGUCAUUGGACGGUCCGGAGUCGUCCCUGCCUGGCUCGCAAAAGUCAACCCGAAGACUUGUACUCCCGUCAACGCCUCGGCCUGCCUCGGAGUUAUUACGGCGGCGAUCGCUCUCUUCACCGACCUGAACGUCCUCCUCAACCUCGUCUCCAUCGGCACCCUCUUCGUCUUCUACAUGGUCGGCAACGCCGUCAUCUACCGCCGCUACGUCGCCGCCGGCUCCACCGAUCCGCGGCCGACCGUCUCCUUCCUGCUCGCCUUCUCCGCCGUCUCCCUCGCCUUCACGCUGCUAUGGAAGCUCGCUCCGGCAGGCACGGCCAAGGCGGUGCUCCUCGGCGCCUGCGCCGCAGCGGCCGUCGUCUUGCUGCAGGUGUUCCAGUCCCUGGUGCCGGAGGCGAGGAAGCCAGAGCACUGGGGGUUGCCGCUGAUGCCGUGGACUCCGGCCGUCUCCAUUUUCCUCAACGUCUUCCUGCUGGGGUCGCUGGACGCCCCGUCGUACUUGAGGUUCGCCGUCUUCUCGGGCUUCGCCGUGGUCGUCUACGUCUUCUACAGUGUGCAUUCCAGCUUCGACGCCGACGAAAAUGGCGAUCUAUUUAAAGUAGAAGACGAGCAUGUGGGGCUUGCGGGAAGAGCUUCGAGUGCUUCCGCAGUAUGAUUCGGAAUCGAGAAGGAAAGAAUUUGGCUUUUCAUCCCACUUCUUAAGAACCUGAAGGCAAAUGCCUUCUAUUAUUUUUCUCCUUCGUAUUUAUUUUUAAUUGGAUCGAAAGAAACUGAUGCACAGAAUCAGAGUGAAAGAAAAGGGUAACAAACAAUAUCACACCCGUAAACUGAAUUGUAAAAUUUCGAGUUAGAUUUCAAGGUCUCUGUGUUCAUGAUUGUUCUUUUUUUUUUUUGAAUCUUGUUCAAUGAACCUUAUCUUUCCAGUC